GCAGCGACACAGCGGAGAUCUCUGGCUGGGAAGGCUCGCUCGCAGGGGCACCUCCCCGGGCUCAGUCCCCGCCUCCUCGUUCCACUUCGACUCCGCCUCCUCGUGACUCGUCCCGCGGUCUGCUGUGGUUUAGCUGCGCUGAGGCGCUUCGUGCGCGGGAAGUGCAGCGCCGCCGCCGCCGCCGCCGCCCAGGUACCCUGAGCAGCAGCAAGUCGCUUCCCCGCCGGCGGCGAUGUCGGCGUUGGAGUGGUUCGCGCACAAGUCCCUGGGCGGCGGCAUCUACUGGAUCCAGGAGCGCUUCUACGAGUCUGGCAACCGGGCCAACAUUUGGCUGGUGCGCGGCUCGCAGCGGGACGUGGUGAUCGACACGGGGCUGGGGCUGCGCAGCCUCCCGGACUAUCUGUACUUGGCUGGGCUUUUGGGCACCGACCCAGCCCAGGGCGACGAGGGGCAGCAGCAGGGCCGCGGGGAAGACGAGGAGGAGUCGGGGGCCAGCGGGCGGCGGAGGCCGUUGCUAGCGGUGGCGACCCAUGUGCACUUCGACCACUCGGGCGGGCUGCACCAGUUCGAGGAGGUGGCCGUGCACAGCGCCGAGGCCGCUGCGCUGCGCCGCGGAGACAACUACGAGACCGUCACUUGGCUCUCGGACAGCGAGGUGGUGCGGCAGCCCAGUCCUGGCUGGAGCGCCCGGCAGUUCCGAGUGCGGCCCGUCCAGCCCACGCACAUCUUGCAGGAGGGGGAUGUCAUCAGCCUUGGUGACAGACAGCUCACUGUCAUGCAUAUGCCUGGCCAUUCAAGAGGAAGUAUUUGUUUGCAUGACAGAGAACGGAAGAUUCUGUUCAGUGGAGAUGUUGUAUAUGAUGGCUCAAUGAUUGACUGGCUUCCCUACAGCAGGAUAAAUGACUACGUUGCAACCUGCCAGCGACUAAUAGAAUUGGUGAAUAGGGGUCUUGUGGAGAAAGUUCUUCCGGGGCACUUUAACACAUUUGGAGCUGAACGGCUGUAUCGUUUGGCUUCCAACUACAUUUCUAAUGCGGGGGUUUGUCACAAAGUUUCUACAUGUGCAAUGAGAUCAAUUGCUAGUCUCGCACUUCGGGCAACAAAUUCUAGAGUCACUUCAUAGUACAUUUGUAAGAAUUACUACUGUAAAACCCAAUGGCUUAUGUAAAUUUCUUCAAAGGAAAAGUUGGCUGAUAAGCCAUGAAGAUUCUAAUUUUUCUCUACUUCAUUUCUAUUGAAAAGAAAAAGACCAAUAUAAGCUAAGCUAGUAGCUGUGCCAAAGCUACUAAUUUUUCCUUCUAUUUUUUCAGGGCAGGUUUGCACAUAAGUUGAAUGCCAUUUGACAGUUAUUCUAAAUACGUUGUUUUGUAUUUUACAGCCUUUUGAAACAUAAUAUGCUACAAUGAAGUUUUCCACCUGUGUCAAACUUUUUGAUUAUGUCUUGAGUUGGAAAUUUGUGUUCAAAAUAUAUUUUAAAUGGCUAAAAUUUAGUAUAAGCAGUAUAUUUUGUGUGUGUGUGUAUUGCAAGGGGGAGGGAAUUGUAACAUUCCACUGUCUUGUACUGAUAAAAGAAUUUUAUUUUUAUUGUAUGGAGUGAAUGUAACCUGCAGUGAUGACCAAAUGUUGUUGUAAAGCACUUCAUUACAUACUGCUCUUUUUGAAUAAAUGUGUUGCAUUUGACUGUUGUUUCUAAAACCAAUGAAAUGUCAGUGAAUAUUUGAAGAACAUUGCUUGCUCUUUAUAUGUGACUUUUAAAAGAUACUAAAGGUUUAGGUGUGAGUGCAUAAAUGUUAAAAACUGUUCUUUAAAAUUUACAGUACACCCAUCUCUGAAGGUCCUUCACUUCUUAACAGCUAAAGAAACACAUCAGUAUUAGUGAAUGGCAAGCUGUUGUGAGCACUAAAAGAGUUCCCAGUAGAGAGCAAAUUUUGUGGAAGGUGGCUGGCAAGAGCCACAGCGGUGCUGAGUGCCCUGGCUACAGACCUCUUUCAGGUUACAGGGUGUGAGUGGGAAUUCAGGUAAAUGUUUUGCUACCUGCUCCCACCUGUCCAUGCUAUUCUUCCACUUUUGCUUCUCUUUCUGUCCAUUUUGCAUAUAUCAUAUUUUCAAGCAACUUAACAAAAACACCCACUUCAGUUAUUUGUCUUUUCCAUCUUAAAAAUGCUAACUCUUUGGAGCUUUACCAAUUCCUUGUGUGAAGACAAAGGUUUUCUACCUUGUAACUGCGAAGUGGCUACUAACUUGAAUGUUUGAAAUUCAGUGGCUGACAUCCAUAAAGUGAAUUCAUGCAUGGAGGCAAUGGGCAACUUUAGCUGAUCUCCCCCUUUCCUCUGUGCCUCCCAAAAAUAUGUCGCUGAAGACUGCAGGACACCUAGGGACAUAUUUUCAGGUAGCACAGAGGGUUGCAGAAUGAAGAGAGGAUCGGCAAAAAUCAGCCCUUCCCAUUGCACGUGUAUGACAUUUAUUAUGUGCAAUAGUAGUCAAGUAGCAUUAACAGUGGUCCAUCCUUGAGAGAAGUGUGUGACUUCAGGGUUGUGGCCAUCAGAUUUUUUUCAGCCUCUAAAAAAUUGAUGAUUACACAAUAUUCCCCCACUAUCAAAGAGCACUGCACAACCAGAGUUAGACUCCAGUGUAUUGAGCACUUUAGCCCUGAGUAGUCUCAAGGGUGGAAAGAGGGAUGUAUUCGUUUUGUAAAUGUUAACAGUGCCUGUUCUCUGUUGUAGACCGGAGCAGAAUAGUAAGCAGGAUGAUCAGACUUGCCAGUCUAUUUAGUGAUGAGGUGAGCAAUUUAUUUAGCUCUAGUCUUUUAAUGUUGCUGACUACUUCAUUUUAGCAGUAAGCUUUGGAAGUAUUGUCAUAAUAACCAAAACCACAAAUUUAGUACCCCUUUAAUGCUAGGAAAAAGGAUUUCAGAUACCAUAAACUUGAAAAGGAAUUAUGGUUUACAAAACAUUUUUAUAAGCUUAGCUAGCACAGAUUGUGUUACUUCGAAGGCCAUUGCAGAAAUAAUGGAGGGAUCUUCUUGACUUGGUUAAGAGAUUAGGAAAGAGUUCUGGGAUCAUGCACUCCCUAGAGUGAAUGCUGGUCCUGCAUUAACCAGAGUUAAGAGUUGUGUCAACAGCAUUCUUAAGGCUAACCUGGAAUUAGAAGUAGCUUUGGAUUGGCCUUCUGUGAAAUGCUAGUGCCUUGUCUCUCUCCUGCAGCACUGUGGACUUUGUGGACUGAACUGCUCCAAAAUGAUUGUGCUGUUCUGGAACACUUAAGACACUAAUGAUAGUUUUGCCCCAGAGGUGAAGGAAACUGCUUGUUUUGAGCCUUUCAACUUGCUCCCCCAACCUGCCAGUGUUGUCAAAGUUCUUUCCCAAAUGCCUUACCCUUGUGUAACACUUACUAGACAGCUUAUUGUGAGAAUCCAGUGGAGCAGUUCUGUGACUGCCAAAUAUUUGUUUACACUGAAAAACUGAACCGAGUUCCUAGUUUCUGCUAUUGGAAUGGUCACGUUGAUUUCUCAAGUCAGCAGUUACCAUUAGAAGAUGCAAACUGCUGAUUUCUAAGUUUAGCAUUUAUUUCUUACCUUAUCAAAUUAAUGCCCACAAAGCCAGAUUAUGUACUGAAAUAAAUAACGACAUGCCAAUCUUGGGAAUUGUGGUUAGGUGGGAAGGAGUUUCACAGCCUCACACCUACUCAGAAGCAAGUCCCACUUGGUUCAGGUAGACUAAUUCUAGUUCAGUGUGUUGAGGUUUGUUGCUUUAGUCAAAAUGUUAACUGAUAAGUGAAUUGCACCUCAGCUUUUGAUUCAUGUUGGUUAGUAAAGUACAAUUCCAGAAUGGGAAGGUAUAUAACUUUAUCUUUUAUCUCAAUUAUUUUUAUAUUAUAAAACCUUAACUGAAAGGAAAGUUACUAAAGUUACUCCUUUCACUUUCUGAAAGGAAGUUAUUAAAGAUUUUGACUUUAUUCACUAUUUGUUUGGUUUUUGAAGUAUAUACUUUCACUGUAAAUGUUACAAUGUGAAGCAUUUAAAUAGUUUUGUUUGUAAAAAGGCCCCCUAUAGAUUCAGUAUAUGGCUGCUGUUAAUGACUUUACCAGGGUAUGGGUUUGUGCUAUAAACUGGGGUUUAAAGGCCUUUUAGAAAUGUGCACACAUUGUACUGUAAUACUGAAGUAACUUUAGUAAUGGUAUAUGCCACUUUUCAUGGAAAAAUGUAUAUUAUUUUAUCCUAGAUAUUGAUAAUAAAAGAAUUAUGACACAAAA